AAUACCAUAUAAAUAGGGUUUCUCGUCUGUGUUUUUAAGCUCACUUCUUUCGUAUCUUACUAUUCCGUCUACCCUUUCACCCAAAACUCCGAAAUCAUUCUCACUUUGCCAUCACCCAAUACCAUCGACCUUCCACUUUCCGACAGCGUUUUCCGUCGAUCCGACACUUUCCUUCUUUUUUUCUCAAUCGUUUAGUUCUGUUAAUGAUUUAGCAUUAGUACCAACUUGUAGGAGAAAAGAGAUUAAGCAAUAAGUUUUUGGCAUUAGAUUAACUGUCACUAAAAGAUAGGUAGGAGGAAGAAAUAAAAAAAAUGCCUCCUUAUGAUUGCAUGCUUUUAUUCAAGCCCAACGUGAAAAAAGAAGCCCUCAUCAGUUUAGUUGCAAGAAUUGGAAAACAUGUGUGUAGAAGAAAUGGGGUUGUCACCGAGGUUAAGAGUUUUGGAACAGUUCAGUUGGGCUAUGGUGUGAAAAAGCUUGAUGGCAGAUUUUUUCAGGGCCAACUGAUGCAAGUGAGCAUGAUGGCUACACCAGAAAUCAACAAAGAGCUGCAUUACCUAAACAAGGAAGACAAACUAUUGCGUUGGCUUCUGGUUAAGCAGCGCGACACAAAGUUUGGGCUUGAGUUCAUGGGAGAUGAAAAUAGAUUGGAGCUAAGCAAAUUCUCUCAAAUAAAUAAACCUGAUGAUGAGGAUGAUGAUAAUGAUGAGGAUGAUGAUGAAUAUGAAGUGAUCGAAGAAGAAAACAAAGUGAACUAAAAAGAUGGUUGUAUUUUGUUUGUUUCCAUUAGGAUAGGAUAAAACAAUUGUGCUACAUAAGACAUGAAGGUAGUUUGGCCUUGAAGAUGUUUAGUAAACUGCUUGCUGUCUCUUGAUUUUAGACAAUUAUUUCUUUGUAACUUGGUGAAAUAAUUGAUUUACAAACGCCAGUCUUUGAACAUUUGAGCACUUGAUUACAUCCAAUUCAGGUGUUACUAAGGAUUUUAUUGCCUUUAUGUAUGUUGGUGUGAUUAGUGCUUAUCUGCUAGACCAGGGAAAGGAAGACUUGAACUGAUUUUUUAUUCUGCCGUGGAAGAGGACUUGUAUGGCAUAAAGACACAUUUUCAGAUAUUUGUAAUACGAAUAUGUUAGGUAUUUGACUUUUGUGUAAACUCUUGUUUAAAGUAUGAUAACUUUAUCAUCUUAUUGGA